AUGCUUAAUUCGCGCCGCGCAAUCGCUGCGGCCGUCCUCAUACUCAUUAUAUUCUUCCUCACGGUGCGGUCACACACUUCUUCCACCCAUGCCAGCACGAAUGCCGCCAGCGCCCAAGAAUCUACACCCGACAACAAUGCGCCUCUCGAUACGAAACGAGCCGUUGCCCAGAAGCCCAUUGUCGACAUGACACACAUGUCCACCUUCGACAAGCUUGCGUAUGCGUAUCCCUACGAUAUCGAGGCCAAAUUCCCCAAUUACAUUUGGCAAACAUGGAAGAAGACCCCAGCCGAUCGUGAUUUCGAGUUUCGCGAGCAAGAAGCUUCAUGGACUCUUCAGCAUCCAACAUUCGUACAUGAAGUCAUAACUGAUGACGUUGCUGUGAGCAUGCUUCGUUUGUUCUACGCUGCUGUCCCAGAGGUGCUCGAGACCUAUGACGCAUUGCCUCUACCCGUUCUCAAAGCCGACUUCUUUCGCUACCUAAUCCUAUUUGCACGCGGAGGGAUCUAUUCCGACAUUGAUACAUUCGCCAUUAAGAGCGCCCUAGAAUGGGUUCCUGCACACAUUCCGCGCCAGACCAUUGGUUUGGUCAUUGGCAUUGAAGCCGACCCUGAUCGCCCCGAUUGGGCAGAUUGGUAUAGCCGCCGUAUUCAAUUCUGCCAAUGGACCAUUCAGAGCAAACCGGGCCACCCAGUGCUACGCGAAAUCAUAACCAGAAUUACCAAUUCCACUCUUAAGCUGAAGCUGGAAGGCAAGCUCUCCAGCUUCCAGGGAAAGAACGUGGUCGAUUUGACAGGUCCUGCUGUGUGGACUGACACUAUUAUGGACUACUUGAACGAUCAGCGAUAUUUCGAUAUGACCAAGAGCCAGGGAAAGAUUGACUGGCACAACUUUACUGGCAUGGAAAUGAGCAAACGUGUUGGCGACGUCAUUGUGCUACCUAUCACGAGCUUUUCACCCGGUGUCGAGCAGAUGGGCUCCAAGGAUUACGACGACCCUAUGGCUUUUGUCAAGCACGACUUUGAAGGUACUUGGAAGCCCGAAAGCGAAAGGCAUAUUGGUGAACAAAAAGAGGAACAACAGCAAGGGGGUCAAUAA